AGCGGUGACGUCACUGAGUCCCAAGCCAGCGGCUCAGAGAGGAGGAUCUGCCGGUGUCAUGGCUGCCAUGUUGGAGAGGAAGCGACUGUUAACCAUCCUUUAGAAAAAAACAUUGCAUUUGUCACACAGGGAGCAGGCGGGCCACUGCUUACGCUACGUUUGUCGAGCGUUUCAGGCCUACGGCUGCCGUUUUCUGUUCUCAGAGCCGGUUUCAGCGCCAGCAGCCGACCAUCGUUAUUGUGAGCUUUCAUUCCAAACGGGAGGAAGAUGGCGGACCCGGCGGAGUGCACGAUUAAAGUGAUGUGCCGCUUCAGGCCCCUGAACAAUGCCGAGGUAGAAAGGGGGGACAAAUAUAUCCCGAAAUUUCAAGGUGAAGACAAUGUUGUCAUCGGGGGCAAACCCUACGUGUUUGACAGGGUCUUCCAGUCUAACACGACACAGGAGCAGGUGUACAACGCGUGUGCCCAGAGGAUCGUCAAAGAUGUUCUUGAAGGUUAUAACGGAACAAUUUUUGCCUAUGGACAAACAUCUUCUGGUAAAACACACACCAUGGAGGGAAACCUCCAUGACACAGAUGGUAUGGGAAUCAUCCCCAGAAUAGUCCAAGACAUUUUUAAUUACAUUUAUUCCAUGGAUGAGAACCUGGAGUUUCACAUCAAGGUUUCCUAUUUUGAAAUUUACUUGGAUAAGAUUAGGGACCUCCUGGAUGUAUCAAAGACCAAUUUAUCAGUGCAUGAAGACAAGAACAGAGUCCCAUAUGUUAAGGGCUGUACUGAGCGGUUUGUUUGUAGCCCAGAAGAAGUCAUGGACACCAUCGACGAGGGAAAAUCGAACCGCCACGUUGCCGUUACGAACAUGAACGAGCACAGCUCCCGCAGCCACAGCAUCUUCCUCAUCAACGUAAAGCAGGAGAACACGCAGACCGAGCAGAAGCUCAGCGGCAAGCUGUUCCUGGUGGAUCUGGCCGGCAGCGAGAAGGUCAGCAAGACUGGAGCAGAGGGGGCAGUACUGGACGAGGCGAAGAACAUCAACAAGUCGCUCUCCGCGCUUGGCAAUGUCAUCUCGGCCUUGGCGGAAGGCACCACGUAUGUUCCAUACAGAGACAGUAAGAUGACCAGGAUCCUUCAGGACUCUCUGGGGGGUAACUGCAGGACCACCAUUGUUAUAUGCUGCUCCCCGUCCUCCUUCAACGAGGCGGAGACCAAGACCACGCUCAUGUUCGGACAGAGAGCGAAGACCAUCAAGAACACCGUGUGUGUCAAUGUGGAGCUCACCGCGGAGCAGUGGAAGAAGAAGUACGAGAGGGAGAAGGAGAAGAACAAGACCCUGCGCAGCACCAUCACAUGGCUGGAGAACGAGCUGAAUCGCUGGCGCAAUGGUGAAACUGUACCAGUGGAGGAACAGUUUGACAAGGAGAAAGCCAGCGCGGAGGUCCUGGCCUUGGACAAUGUGGUGAACAACGACAAGCAGGUGGCCUCCCCUGGCGUGCCCGGGGUCAGGCUCACCGACGCGGAGAAGGAGAAAUGCGAGGAGGAGCUGGCCAAGCUCUACAAGCAACUGGACGACAAGGAUGAUGAGAUCAACCAGCAGAGUCAGCUGGCUGAGAAGCUGAAGCAGCAGAUGCUGGACCAGGAGGAGCUGUUGGCGUCAACGCGACGUGACCAUGACAACCUGCAGGCGGAGCUCAACAGGCUCCAGGCAGAGAACGAGGCCUCCAAGGAGGAGGUGAAGGAGGUGUUGCAGGCCCUGGAGGAGCUGGCCGUUAACUACGACCAGAAGAGCCAGGAGGUGGAAGACAAGACCAAGGAGUUCGAGAUGCUGAGUGAGGAGCUCAACCAGAAAUCGUCGAUCCUGAGCUCCAUCGACUCCGAGCUGCAGAAACUGAAGGAGAUGACCAACCACCAGAAGAAGAGAGUCACGGAGAUGAUGGCUUCCCUGCUGAAAGACUUGGCGGAAAUCGGCAUCGCGGUGGGCAGCAAUGAUAUUAAGCAACAUGAGGGCAGCGGGCUGAUCGACGAGGAGUUCACGGUGGCCCGGCUCUACAUCAGCAAGAUGAAGUCGGAGGUGAAGACCAUGGUGAAGCGCUGCAAGCAGCUGGAGAGCUGCCAGACCGAGAGCAACCAGAAGCUGGACGAGAACGAGAAGGAGCUGGCCGCCUGCCAGCUGCGGAUCUCCCAGCACGAGGCGAAGAUCAAGUCUCUGACGGAGUACCUGCAGAACGUGGAGCAGAAGAAGAGGCAGCUGGAGGAGAAUGUGGACUCCUUGAAUGAGGAGCUGGUGAAGCUCAAUGCCCAGGAGAAAGUCCACGCAAUGGAGAAGGAGAAUGAGAUUCAGACGGCUAAUGAAGUCAAGGAGGCGGUGGAGCGUCAGAUCCAGAGCCACCGCGAGGCCCACCAGAAGCAGCUGGGAAGCCUGCGGGAUGAGCUGGAUACGAAGGAGAAGCUGAUCACGGAGCUGCAGGAUCUGAACCAGAAGAUCAUGCUGGAGCAGGAGCGUCUGAGGGUGGAGCACGAGAAGCUCAAGUCCACCGACCAGGAGAAGAGCCGCAAGCUGCAUGACCUGACAGUGAUGCAGGACCGUAGGGAACAAGCCAGGCAGGACCUCAAGGGGCUUGAGGAGACUGUGGCAAAGGAGCUGCAGACGCUACACAACCUCAGGAAACUCUUUGUCCAAGAUCUGGCAACCAGGGUCAAGAAGAGUGCAGAGAUGGAUUCUGAUGACACGGGUGGCAGCGCAGCCCAGAAACAGAAAAUCUCCUUCUUGGAGAACAACCUGGAGCAGCUCACCAAGGUCCACAAGCAGCUGGUGCGGGACAACGCGGACCUGCGCUGCGAGCUGCCCAAGCUGGAGAAGCGUCUGCGCGCCACGGCGGAGCGGGUCAAGGCGCUGGAGUCGGCCCUGAAGGAGGCCAAGGAGAACGCGGCGCGCGACCGCAAGCGCUACCAGCAGGAGGUGGACCGCAUCAAGGAGGCCGUGCGCGCCAAGAACAUGGCCAGGAGGGGGCACUCCGCGCAGAUCGCCAAACCUAUUCGCCCCGGGCAGCCCCCGGUGGCAUCUCCCACCCACCCCAACAUGAACCGGGCCGUCUACCCGAACAGCCAGUCAGUAGCGAUCCGUGGAGGGGGGGGCAGCAACAAGCAGGACAAGACCUGCUGAAAAACGAUCACUUUGGAAUAUGCAGACGUCGCCUAGGAAACCUGUCAUUCCACCAUUCCGCUGCAGUCAGCUCCUCUCACCCGGAUUCAUGGGCGGAGUUUAUGAAUAUAUAUAAAUAUAAAUAUAUAUAUACACACACGCGUGCACA